AUGGCCGACCAAGCUGUCGCGCGCCUCGCCGGCAUUAAUGUCGGCGCUCCGGCGCGGCCUGAACCUAGUGGUGAUUUCGGCCUCAUCGGUCUGGCCGUCAUGGGUCAGAACCUGAUCUUGAACGCUGCUGACCACGGUUUCACCGUUGUUGCUUACAACCGUACCGUUUCCAAGGUCGACCGCUUCCUUGCCAACGAGGCCAAGGGCAAGUCCGUCGUCGGUGCUCACUCCAUCGAGGAAUUCUGCUCCAAGUUGAAGAAGCCUCGUCGCGUUAUGCUCCUUGUCAUGGCCGGUAAGCCCGUCGAUGACUUCAUUGAGUCCAUCCUCCCACACCUCGAAAAGGGAGAUAUUAUCAUCGACGGUGGUAACUCCCACUUCCCUGACUCCAACCGCCGCACCAAGUACCUCGCCUCCAAGGGUAUCCGUUUCGUCGGUUCUGGUGUCUCUGGUGGUGAGGAGGGUGCUCGUUACGGACCCUCCCUCAUGCCCGGUGGUAACGAAGAGGCCUGGCCUUACAUCAAGGAUGUCUUCCAGAGCAUCGCCGCCAAGAGCGACGGCGAGGCUUGCUGUGACUGGGUCGGUGACGAAGGUGCCGGUCACUACGUCAAGAUGGUUCACAACGGUAUUGAGUAUGGUGACAUGCAAUUGAUUACCGAAGCAUACGAUAUCCUCAAGCGCGGUGUUGGUCUUAGCCCCAACGAGAUCGGCGAAGUUUUCGACAAGUGGAACAAGGGUGUCCUCGACUCCUUCCUGAUUGAGAUCACCCGUGAUAUUCUCAAGUACAACGAUGAGGACGGCACAGCCCUCGUCGAGAAGAUCCUCGACAAGGCCGGUCAGAAGGGUACCGGAAAGUGGACUGCCAUCAACGCCCUCGACCUCGGCAUGCCUGUCACUCUUAUCGGUGAAGCUGUCUUCUCUCGCUGUCUUUCUGCUAUUAAAGACGAGCGUGUCCGUGCCAGCAGCGUCCUCGGCGGCCCUACCCCCAAGUUUGAAGGUGACAAGCAGGCUUUCAUUGACAACCUUGAGCAAGCUUUGUACGCUUCCAAGAUUAUCUCCUACGCCCAAGGUUUCAUGCUUAUCCAGAAUGCCGCCAAGGAAUACGGCUGGAAGCUCAACAAGCCUUCCAUUGCCCUCAUGUGGCGUGGUGGCUGCAUUAUCCGCUCCGUUUUCUUGAAGGAUAUCACCAGCGCUUACCGCAAAAACCCCGACCUCGAGAACCUCUUGUUCGAUGACUUCUUCAACAAGGCUAUCCACAACGCUCAGGCUGGCUGGAGAGACGUUGUCAGCAAGGGUGCCCUCUGGGGUAUUCCCACCCCUGCUUUCAGCACUGCCCUCAGCUUCUACGACGGCUACCGCACCAAGGAGCUCCCUGCCAACCUCCUCCAGGCCCAGCGUGACUACUUCGGUGCCCACACUUUCCGCAUCAAGCCCGAGUUCGCCAGCUCCACCUACCCCGAGGGCAAGGAUAUCCACGUUAACUGGACUGGCCGUGGUGGUGACGUUUCUGCAUCCACCUACAUUGUUUAA